GUGGCUGAAGUCGGCGCUAGGACCCAGCCGGAAGGACGGUGACACGAGAGCAAUACAGAAAGCAAGCUGGGGAGGUGUAGUGGAGGAACGGCACCAGAAUCUGAUUAAAUGAGGAGCUUUUUACCCACAUUAUUGAAGGACAUCGCAGUCUGAAAAAGUCACCGGAGGCGCCCACAAUAAUGGUCCAGGACCAGCUCUGAAACCUCGGUCCAGGUAACGCGUGAAAACAAGGCCUCCUGGCUCCGGCUCCAGUUGACGGCCACGCGGGAAACGCCAGCGUCUCUCCCUGUCGGAGCCUGAGGACGGAGCAGCCCCGCAGAGCACCAUGACCGACGUCAUCAUCGUGAAGGAGGGGUGGCUGCACAAGCGAGGUGAGUACAUCAAGACCUGGCGGCCGCGGUACUUCUUACUGAAGAGCGACGGUACGUUCAUCGGCUAUAAGGAGAGACCACAGGAUGUCGAUCAGCUGGAGACGCCGUUAAAUAACUUCUCUGUUGCACCAGCAGAGGAGGAGUGGACCAAAGCCAUCCAGACCGUGGCGGACGGCCUGCAGAGGCAGGAGGAGGAGAUGAUGGACUCCUCUCCUGACCCCAUGGACAUGGAGAUGUACCUGACCAAACCUCGACUCAAAGUGACUAUGCAUGACUUUGAAUACCUCAAACUGCUGGGAAAAGGCACUUUUGGCAAAGUGAUCCUGGUGAAGGAGAAGGCCACAGGGCGCUACUACGCCAUGAAGAUCCUGAAGAAGGAAGUGAUCGUGGCAAAAGAUGAAGUUGCACACACGCUGACGGAGAACCGCGUGCUGCAGAACUCCAAGCACCCCUUCCUGACGGGACUGAAGUACUCCUUCCAAACCCACGACCGCUUGUGUUUCGUCAUGGAGUAUGCAAACGGUGGAGAGCUCUUCUUCCACCUCUCUCGGGACCGUGUCUUCUCCGAGGAGCGCGCUUGUUUCUAUGGAGCGGAGAUCGUCUCAGCGCUGGACUACCUGCACUUCGAGCGCAAUGUGGUCUACAGGGACCUGAAGCUGGAAAACCUCAUGCUGGACAAGGACGGCCAUAUCAAAAUCACGGACUUCGGCCUGUGCAAAGAGGGCAUCACCGACGGGGCCACCAUGAAGACCUUCUGCGGCACGCCCGAGUACCUAGCACCAGAGGUGCUGGAGGACAAUGACUACGGCCGGGCGGUGGACUGGUGGGGUCUCGGUGUGGUCAUGUAUGAGAUGAUGUGCGGCCGGCUGCCCUUCUACAACCAGGACCACGAGAAGCUCUUUGAGCUCAUCCUCAUGGAGGAGAUCCGGUUCCCCCGCACGCUGGGCCCUGAGGCCCGAUCCCUGCUCUCCGGGCUGCUCAAGAAGGACCCCAAGCAGAGGUUAGGAGGGGGCCCCUUCGACGCCAAGGAGAUCAUGCAGCAUAAGUUCUUCACCGGGAUCGUCUGGCAGGAUGUUUAUGAGAAGAAGCUGGUGCCCCCCUUUAAGCCCCAGGUCACCUCAGAGACGGACACGCGGUAUUUCGACGAGGAGUUCACGGGUCAGACCAUCACUAUCACUCCCCCGGGACAAGAUGAAAACAUGGAGUCAUUUGACAGUGAAAGGAGACCCCACUUCCCACAAUUCUCCUACUCUGCCAGUGGAACAGCCUAAAGGCCAUCUCCACGCACCCCCCCUUUAAUUCCACCAGUGGAACAGCCCAACAGCCUUCCCUUCUAUUUGUCCUCCCCCCAUACCGCCAGUGGAACAGCCCAGAUGCCCUCUCCUCACCCACCCUUCCCACAAGUGGAACAGCCCAGAGGCCCUCUGCUCACCCCCCCUUCCCACAAGUGGAACAGUCCAGAUGCCCUUUCCUUGCCCCCCUCCUUCCCACAAAUGGAACAGCCCAGAGGCCCUCUGCUCUCCUCACCUUCCUCCCAGCCCCCACACAAGCUCACCUGUUCCCCCCACCAUUAUCCAGGCUGGGGCCUGUCUUUCCUUUUGUGCUUUUUGUUUUGUUUUCUUUCCUUUUACCAUACAGACGCCGCCCCUGCAAUUUUGGGUGUCCCCUUAUUGGGGGCGGGGGGGGGAGACUGAGCACUCGGAUAUUUCUGUGGCCUUUAAAGACCAUCUUUGGGUAAAGUUUACAAGCAGUAACACUACAGCGUAUUCGCCUCACAUCGCCACCACCCCGCCCAGUUCAGACCUGGCCACGUUCCGUUCAGGCUUCUGUGUGGUCACCGGCACGGAACGAUCCAGACUGCAGGUUGCACCUACAAAUAAGCCUCACCCUUUUCGCUGUUCGUGAUUUUAGAGACCGACCUCCUGGACCAAAUCCGAGAUUAUAUGUGCGAGGGGGUAUGUUAGGGCCUCAAAGCUGUACACUGUCACCUUAUGAAUCUCCACCCCCCCCCCCCCCCGUUUUAAUUAAGUCUUGAAUGUAGUGACCCAUACCCACAAAAGCACAAGCGUUCCAGUCUAAGGCCCCAAUUAGUUAGUUAGUUAGUUAGCUAGUUUGUGUUUUGUAUUUUUAAUUUUUUUUUGGUAAAAAAGCAUUGCUCGACGCUGAAAGCAGUAGACCAGUUUAGCACAUAGGACAGGAAUGGUUCGUGGGGCCGAUAGUCCGAGUCCGUCCACGAGAGAAGAGUGUAGCGUUCGGGACGACCCGCAGGCGUCGGGAAAGCGACGCGGAAUCAAACUACCUGUAACACAUGGAUGGAUUGUGCAAUAUGACGGCGGAGCGGGGAGAAGCGGAGACCUCGGCCUGGAGAGCGGUGCGUUUGCGCUUUGUUGCACGGCAAAUCUUUUUUUUUUUUUUUCCUCCUCCUCCUCCUUUCUUUUGGUCGAAACCUGUGAGCCGGUGUGUCCGGUGCCCCCCCGCCUCCCUCACCCGCGCGGCCCGCCCAGCCGGUUCCUCGCCAGGCGACCCCCGGGGAGGAGUGCUUGUGCGACGGGCACCUCUCCCGCGAACAGCCCCGUCAGACUGCCGGCACUUUCUUCUGAAUCAGGGAUUCCUUUUUUCUCCAUUUUCCUCAGAUCUCUCAUUUUCUGGGUUUUUCCUGCAUUGGGCUACCGCUGCCUGAUGCACUCACCACAGCCUCAGUGAGGUCGCCAUGACGAUGCACACCUUUCGGGACGUGGUUCCCAAACUUUGUUUUUUAAACAUUUUUUCUUGUAGUUUUGAGUCUCCAGUGGGCGUACAGCCUCCCCCCUGUUCUUUUUGUGAUGUAUAUAACCCCGAGCGCCCCCACCCACCCCGCUCACAGUGCAUUCCUGCCUCUCCACACGUUUCCCGGAUUUUCUUAAAUCUUACAUUUUUUUUGUACUUUCGAUCCUGGAUCCGAGUUGGCCGAUUCUCGUCUAGAAGACGAGAUGUAGGUCCCACCUGUGUGUGUGAAAUACCAGCAUAAUGAAGUAAACCUAUAAGGAAGACUGAACAAAGACCCCCCAUGUCACCCUGCUCUGUGUGCUUUAGGUUACGAAUGAGCCCACGAUUGGAAACUUUAAAUGGUUUUUACAUUUUUGACUGAUAAUCACUUGGUGAACUUGUUUGACCUACUUUGAUGAAUGUAAAGGUUUAUUUUUAUUCUCUUGUGAAGCCCACCUUCAUUUUGUAAGUUUGUUGUUUAUGUAUUUUUUCCUUCCAGAACUUUUAACUCUUUAUUUUGUACCGUUUUGCUUUGAGACCUCGUGUCCGAUCUCUAGACCUGUUUAGUGGCUCAUUCAUACGUGUGUUCUCCCUCAUCUGGCUAAAAUAAAUUAAUUUAAUUGACUUUACAAGUAAUAUCACCACCCCAAUACCCCCCAACCCCAAGUGUGACUUCCCCAACGACAGCUGGGAGACCUGAAUUUAAAGAACACCAGCUUUAGUGAACAAAAAUAUUACUUUUUUUUUACACUGUUAAAACAUUUUUACAUUAGCUUUUUUGUUUUCUUUAAAUUGUUCAAAUAAAGGGUUUUAACAAGAAAAAA